UUCCUGAAAGCUCACAGCUCUGUUUUUGUCCUCAGGUCCCUUGUGGAGAAAAGCUGCCUGUUCUACAUGCUCAUAGCUUACAUGUGUGAGCUUAAAGAGGUGGUGAACAGUGCCCAUGCAGGGACUGUGGGUACUUCAGAACUCAUGCUCAGCCCUUGACAGAUAUAUAGCAGGUUCCUCAAGGAGAACAACCUCCAUGUACAGAACGAGAACCAGGCUUUCCUGGCCCUGAUCUAGUCAGUGAAAUUCAGGGAAGAAGAAAGAUAAACAUAUUCCAGUAAUAUUUUUCCCUAUAUCCACGUACCUGGGGUCUCAACCAAGACACUGGUGGCUACGAGCCAUGACAUGCUGAUGCUCAACAAUCAUUCUGUCCCUCUGGCUCAGAUGGAAAGGAUUUUGAGUGACACGAAGCAAGUGUGCUUGAAGAUCUUUCUCUUCCAGAGGAAGAGGUCAGUAAUUGACUCUGUAAUGAUUUUAGGAGGCUAGGAAAAGGAUGUAAGAUUUAAUGAUAUGGGCUUUGAUUAUACUUUUGAGCUUACAUGUUUUGCUAUGUGGCUGAAACUGACAGAGAUGCCAUGUAAAGCAGCUCCUUGUGGUGCUGCAUUAGCCAUUAGUGUCACUGGAGGAAUAACAGACCAGAUCACUACCUCAAAGACAGCUCAUAGAUGUGACAUAGAAAACAAUUGCUGAACUGAGGUACUGCCUAUAGGUUUGGUUCACAUUAUGGUGACCUGUGAGGGAGUGAUGUACUGCCUUGGGGAUUGUGCUGAUACAAGGAAAUAGGUCUCUAACAUUUGCAAGUAGGGUGAUGGGAGGAAAGAGAGAACUGGACUCUGACUGGGAAAAUAAGGAUGCUACUGCCUUGAUCACUGUAGGAAAAAAGUCAAGUUAAUUUAUAUUGUGACAAGGCAGAUGAAUGAUUGUUUCCUAUCUGUUCAGAUGGCAGAUUACUUUGACACUUAGGCAGGGAAAGUGGUGCAAUACCUCACCUUCCAUAUUGAAUUAAACCAUAAACCUUUGUUGUCUUUUCCACAGGAAAACAUCCUAAGUGUGCACAGCUCCAAUAAAAAUUUUUGGGUAUCAGCUUGCAGAAAAAGAAGUGAUCAAAUUAACGAACAUGUUUGUGAUAUUACCAAAUACCUGUACUUUAGAUUUAUUGCAUCCAGUGUGCUCCGUUGA